CAGAAAAAGGGAAUGGUCUUCACUACUAUUCACACACCAUGACCGUGAUCACCAAGUAACUACCUUUUUCUUUGUAUAUAGUCAGUCUCCCAUCGGUCACCGCUCUGCAUUUUCACUCUCAUACUCACACUCUCAGAAUUGCUUUUGUCAUUUUCACAACCAUGGCUAUGAGCAUUGUUGACCUCGAAGUGAACCAAGAGACCCAUGACCUCUUCGAAGUCACUCUCGAGUCCGACCACAUCCAAACACUCGUAACCCACACUCCCCAAAUGGUCGACUCCUGGCUCUCCGACAUCUACCGCAUCCACCGCCGCCGUCUCCACCACCUCAUCGUCGGCCUCGACGUCGAGUGGCGACCCAGUUUCAACCGCAACAUCGAAAACCCAGUUGCUACUCUCCAACUCUGCGUGGGUCGACGCUGCCUCAUAUUCCAACUCAUCUACGCCACUCACUUCCCCAACUCGCUCAUCGAGUUUCUCGGCGACGAGGAUUUCACUUUCGUAGGAGUUGGGAUCGCGAGUGAUGUGGAGAAACUGUUGGAUGAUUAUGAUUUGAAAGUUGGGAAUGUGGUUGACCUUCGUGGACUCGCUGUGGACCGGUUGGGGAACAGGGAUUUGAAGAACGCUGGGUUGAAGGGAUUGGCUCGAGCUGUGCUUGGACUCGAGGUGCAUAAGCCAAGGCAUGUGACUAUGAGUAGGUGGGACAAUGAGUGGCUCGAUUAUAAUCAGAUUCAAUAUGCUUGUGUUGAUGCUUUUCUGUCUUUUGAGAUUGGCAGGUCCUUGAAUGCUGCCUAGUUUGAUUUUGGUUUAUGGGGGGUUUUUUGGUUUGUUGGGGUUCUUGAAUAUGGAAUUUGGGAUGGUGGGUUUUGGAUGGAUUAGUAUGGGUAGUACAUAUAAUGCCCAAUUAGUAUGGAUUUGGCACUUGUUUGGUACUUGAUUGCAUGUUAUGUUUCAUAUGAAAUGGUACAUAUAAUGCUAAUGGAACUUUAUGUCUUCUCAUAUGUUUGGAAUU